UCGACAAGCGCACCAUCACCGACUUUGAAUGGAUGAUCCAUCCUCGAUCGGUUCGCAUGUGCGGCCAUGCGAGUCUGGGAAGCGGCUAUGUGCUCAUGCGUGGUCUUCAUGAUCAACGUCAUGUGCGCAACCCAAUCAUCCAGCGCCGGACAACUUGUCGGGGUGCAUCUGAGACAGUCAAAGGAAGUCCGCGAGAAAACGAGGGUGAUAGUCGAGGUCGCAAUAGUAAGGCGACAUCCCCGUGGCUGGCAAGACGGCGUGGUUGUAGGCUAUCUCCGCGUGGACAAGAUUGAGAUCCCACUGCUGGUUGUUACGAACAAUCUUUCAGAGAAUAUCUUUGAGAGUCCUGUUCGUGACCUCGACCUGACCAUCGGUCUGGGGAUGGUAAGACGAGGAGAAGCGGAGCUGGGUGCCAUACACCUCGUGGAGCUGCCGUCACAAUCCGUUGGUAAAGCGCGGGUCACGAUCGGAUAUGAUGCUCACAGAGAUCCCGAGGCGUACUGGAAUGAUCGGGAGAGUGCGAUCAAGAUCAAAGAGGACGGCGAGAAGGCGACGCAGUGCAGCGACAUGGAGGAGGGGCAAGCCGCGACGGAGAUGUCGAAAAACCGACUACUGAGGAGGGCACAGGUGUACACUUCAUCGUGGCUAGGAGGCGCCGAGGGGGGACUGAGCACAGCGCUGGCGGGAAAGCUCAACGUAGUGGCGAUCAAGGACAGCGGUGUAAGGGCAUCGCGAGGAGGUAUGACUUUCCUGGCGGCAGCGCAAACACCCACGCCGACUCAAAAUGACCUUGCGCUCCUCAGCGGAAAAGACACCGCGAGGAGGGACAAAGCCUUGAGGGAGGUCCUUUUGAGAGACCUCGGGGGGCGACGAGCCGGCAUGACCAGAACGGCUGCGUGCCCGAGAGAGGGUGGAGAGGGCAAGUUGGAGGCGCUCAGCUAUAGGGAGGGUAGAGUCCUCCAGGUGGUAGUGGACAACCUCGCAGAGGUCGAGGUCGUCGCUAUGGUCACCCUCAGGCGACACCGAGACAACAACGUCCUGCUCUCCAUACUCGAGUGCGCUAAAGCGGUGCGAGAAGUGGCGGCCCUGCUGCGCGGAACGGCGGGUACGACAGUGGAAAGGGGAAUGACGUUGGGAACUGCAGUGAGAGAAGGAGGGGGCGUAACCAGUACGUUGAGGUUGAGAGGAGGAAGUGGGUUGAAAACGGGCCCACAUCCGUUGAUGGGCCCUGGCGGCCUCGUAAGCCUGCGGGGCCGAUGUGAAGUCAUACUGCCAUAACUCGGAGCGGUACUUAAGGGGAAGGUUGGCCAAGAAAUAAUCGAUGAGGGCAACCUCAGGGAGGAACGCCACAUCGCAAAU